AUGAGGUAAUUUAAGAAGAAUACUUGCGUGCAAAAUCUCAAGUCAAUUGACCCUAUUAACGAUUAUCGAUUACUUGGUUCAAGUCGAGUUAGGCUAUUAAAAACAAGAAAGAUAAAGAAAAAAUCACAAAAUAUUAAUAACCAACCUAACCUUAACAUUUAAAGUGAAAUGAAAGAAACAAUAGAAAUAAAACAAAAACAAAAUAAUAGCUAAAUGGUUAUUAAAUCUACACAAAUAACAAAAAGGGGUCAACAACACAUAAUAGAGAUAGGUUAUCUAAAAAGAGUUAUGAAAUGUAAGACUCACAUUAUUAAUGGUAGAUUAUAAUAACGCAGACUUAGAGAAACCUUCGAAAACACUUUUACUAGCAAUGAUAUUGUAGGAAGCACAAAUUAUCUCAGAGAUAGAUAUGUCAUAAAUUCACUGAUAUAAUAAAAGCUAUUAAAUCAAAGAAUAGGAGAUUAUUUUUAUACUAUGAUUAUAAUUACUUGCUAAUACAGUAAAGACCUGGCGAUAAUUAUUUGA